AUGAUGGACCAAAUCCUCGGAACCAAUUUCACAUAUGAAGCAGCUAAGGAAGUUGCAAGAGAUCUGGAAGGAUUCUCUGCAAAGUUGGCAGUUGGUUAUAUUGCAACAAUCUUUGGAUUGAAGUACUAUAUGAAGGAUCGGAAGGCAUUCGAUUUGAGUACUCCAUUGAACAUUUGGAAUGGAAUUCUCUCUUCAUUCAGUCUUCUCGGAUUCCUUUUCACGUUCCCAACUCUUUUAUCAGUUAUCAGAAAGGAUGGAUUCAGUCACACGUACUCUCAUGUCUCUGAACUCUACACAGACAGCACUUCCGGAUAUUGGAUCUUCCUCUGGGUCAUCUCGAAAAUUCCAGAACUUUUGGAUACAGUAUUCAUUGUUCUCCGAAAGAGACCACUCAUCUUCAUGCAUUGGUAUCAUCACGCUCUCACCGGAUACUACGCCCUCGUUUGCUAUCAUGAAGACGCUGUUCACAUGGUUUGGGUUGUCUGGAUGAACUAUAUCAUUCACGCAUUCAUGUAUGGAUACUAUCUUUUGAAAUCUCUGAAAGUUCCAAUCCCUCCAUCCGUUGCUCAAGCUAUUACUACUUCUCAAAUGAUCCAAUUCGCAGUUGCCAUCUUCGCUCAACUUCAUGUCUCUUACAAACACUAUAUCGAGGGAAUCGAAGGAUUGGCUUAUUCUUUCAGAGGGACUGCCAUCGGAUUCUUUAUGCUUACCACUUAUUUCUAUCUUUGGAUUCAAUUCUACAAGGAGCACUAUCUCAAGGAUGGAGGCAGAAAGUACAAUUUGGCAAAGGAUCAAACGAAAGCUAAGAAGGCUAACUAG